AUGUUACAAGUUGUGGGUUAAAAGUAAGCGAGAAUUAAAAUUAUACGCGAAAAGUUUGUUAAUGCCAUAUCUAAAGUUAGAUAUUAUGUCUAAAAAUCAUAGAAAUUUAAAAAUAUUUCUGUUGAUGAUCCAGAUUAUCGAAUCAUACAUAGCUUAAUAAAUAGUAGGGUUGUUAAUAGUACUUGGAGCAAAUAAAUAUCAAAAAAGUUUGGCAGAAAACUAUUAAGUAAUUUUGUCAAAGUUUGCGAUGAUGAGGAAAAUAUUAAGUCUUUCAUAUUGAAAAGCAAGUAAGAAUCUAUAGAUAGAAUAAUGAGAAAGAAAUUAGUACAUAUAAUUAGAAAUAUUACAAAAGUACAGAAGAAAGAAAAAAUUGAUAUAAAUAAGAUUGAUUUAUUUUAUGGGAGAUUUCAUUAAUAAAUAUAUGAAGAAAUAAAGAAUGAAAAAUUAGAAGAACGCAAAAAGUAAAAGUAGAAACUUGAAAGCAUUAAGUAGGAAAGCAAAAUCAGAACACAAAUCUUAGCAAUGAACUCCAAUUUUAGACAAUUGGAAAAAUUAUAAACAUCACUUUCCAUGGCUAUUUUCGAAAUUAAUCAAAAUGAAUUUGAGAUUGAUGGUCUUAUAUCAGAACUUAAACAAUAAUUGCUAUUAGUUAAAAUUUGA